CGUUGGCUACAGCAGCACUUGAAAACUAGGUCAAUGAAUGUGUGGCGGCUCUCCUACAUCUGGAUGCGUGUGCAGCAGCCUACUGCAUGGGGAUUACUGUGAUGGAACAGCUUCGUAGAGCAGAAAGAAUGGAAAUAAUGUCCUGAAAAGCGGUUGUCUCCGUGGAUCAGUAUACUACUACAACCCAUCAUCCCCAAGCCCACUGAUGCCAACGCAGCAAGUGACCGCGCAUUGCUUGCAGCGGCAAUAAGGACCAACACCUUAAUUAUCAGGCCGUGGUGACAUAGACGGUCUCAGCACAGUAGUCACCAUUAAUUCUGCGCCGCAACACAGCAACAAUUAGGAUUUAAAUCGCUGUUGUUAUAUAUAUAUAUAUAUAUUUUUUUCCGGUAGCUGCUGCUGCUGCGGUAACACCCCUCUUUGUAAAUCGCGUGCACUCCUCCUCCCUCCCUUCCUUCCCGGAGCGGCUGGGUGGACUGGUGGGGCUAUGGAGGAUGCAGGUGAGAUGAGGAAAACAUCCACGGUUCCGGAGAUUAAACCGUUGGAUCAGUACGACUUCAACCGAGCAAAGGUGCGCGCCAGCGUCCGGUGGCUACUGGCGAAGUCAUACGGAUCCGCAGAGAAUGUCCCGGUGGAGCUGCGAGAGCCUCUGUACAGAGACAAGUAUGAGCAGGAGCACCUCAAGCCCUCCGUCUCCCAGCUACUCCUGUCCCCUGAGCUGUACUGUAGGACCCAGGCCCUGCUCCACGGGGUCUCCCAGCCAGCUACUCAGGGGCCCCCAGGGGACAACUCUGCACUGCUGCAGCUCCUCACCAAGAGGGGCCUGGAGCCCAGGGACCAAGAUGUGGCCAUCACAGAGGAAGACCUCAGCCACACGCCCAUCAAGACGAGGGCCCACCUGGUCCUGAUUGACUCACUGAUGUCACUGGCUGCCAUGGAGACGGUGGGCAAGGUUAAGAUGACGGCAGAGGCGGAGAAAAUGGGAGGCGGGGCUCCGUGGGAGAAUGCCCUCCUCUUCUGGGUUAACCGGUUGAAUCAGAAGUUGAGAGAGAGCACUGAGGAUGAGGAGGUCCCAUCCUGCACAGACCCACAGCCUGUUCAACCAACAUGUCCCACCCGCUGGUACUGGAAACUGGUCCCACAUGCCAUCGCUUUUUGUUUGAAGGAGGAGUCUGGGAAUAAACCUCCAGUGAUCCGUUAUAGGAAGGAUAAGGUUCUGUCAAAGCAGACUCCUACUUUUCCUCUGGUGUCUGGUGUAAGGGAUCUGUCUAAUGGCUGUGCUAUAGCUGCUGUUCUGCACUACUACUGUCCUGACCUGCUGCCACUGGAGGAUGUAUGUCUGAAGGACACCAUGUCUGUAGCAGACAGUCUGUAUAACCUGCAGCUGAUCAGAGAGAUCAGUGAGACCAGUCUACAGAGGUGCUGUCACCUGGAGCUGGAGGACCUGCUCUACGCCCCGCCCACACUACACGUGAAUAUCAUGAGUUUCAUAGCAGAGCUGCUAGGAUGGUUCGAGGUGCAUAAACCUGACUUUGUCAAGCCAUUACUACCUCUAGACCUGACAGAUGCCUAUGGGUUGUUGGACUGCACCAGUCCUGUCAGCGGGAACAGCAACAGUGGCUCUCCCUCCUAUAUCUUCAAACAGCCCUUUGUCCCCAUAUCCUCUCCUGCGUCACCUGAAGGGAACAUGUGGACCAAGAAACAGAUCCGUCGUCCUCUCUCGGCUGUGACCUUCAGUAUUCCAUUCGGUCUAGACAGUGACGUGGACGUUGUCAUGGGCAACCCCGUGCAUUCUGCCAGCACCAACAGCCUGACCGCCGGCGUGCCCGCCAUGAUGACUUCAUCGAGCAUGAUGUCAUCGGGGAUGACACGGGUCCCCUACAGCCCCCCCGAGGACCUCAGUCACCUGGUCAGCGCCUCUGUCCCUCAACGCUCCUCCUGGGGCCCGCACACACACUCACACACACCGGCCCUAGGGGAGCUGCCGACCGUCAAGAUCAUCCACACUCCUGGAGGAGGAGGAGAAAGAGGUGGAGGAGGGAAAGGAGGAGAGAAAGGAGAUAAAGGAGGAGAGAGAGGAGGAGGAGGAGGAAGGCCAGAGCCACGCUUGUGUCCAGAAGGAGCUCCUGCAGGUUUCUUCCUUCAUUCUCCUGAAGACAACCUGACCCAGCUCAGCAGCUCCGCCCCCUGCCGCUCCGGUAUGCUCUACCGACCAAUAGGAGGGGAGGGGGGCGGAGGAGAGAAGCGGAGAGUGGGAGGCAGGGAGAGGGGGGAGAAGGGGAGACGGACAUCGGAUGGCACGCGGGACGAUGACUCGGUCCUCCGCGACGGAAGUGUGGACUCAUCGGAAGCUUCCGACGACCUUCCUAGAAACGCCCCCGGCAACGUCCGCCCUGGCCAUGGUCGUCACGGCAACGGCAGCAUCAGCAAUACCGGUGGCAGUAGCGGCAGCCCGCAGAUGACGAGCUUCGCCGAGCGGCGGGACAGAAGGAGACAGCCGGCCGCACCGGGAGAGGAGUCAGCCAGCACCCCCACCACCCCCACCCUCCAUACCCCCACCCACACCACCCCCAGCCUCCAUACCCCCACCCACACCACCCCCAGCCUCCAUACCCCCACCCACACCACCCCCAGCCCAGGAGGGAAGCACCCUGAGCCGGGUACAGAGGCCUGGGAGCUGGGGGCCCGCCUGGAGGAGAAACGCAGAGCCAUCGAGGCCCAGAAGAGACGCAUAGAGGCCAUAUUCACCAGACACAGACAGAGGCUGGGCAAUACUGCCUUCCUACAGCUGAAGAGAGGAGAGGGAGGAGAGGAGCCUAUAUCUCUGGAGGAGCGUCUCAGCCGCAUGGAGGAGCAGCUGAAAGAGGAGGAGGAGAAGGAGGAGAGAGAAGUGGAAGAGGAGAAAGGGAAGAAGAACGAUAAGGCAGACGAAGGGAACUCCCGCCCGCAGGCGCGAUUGGAGAAGCAGGUGACGUUUUCCAUGGAUACGAGGAAGGGGGCUGAGAUAGGGGCGGAUAAAUGGGAGGGGCCUGAGCCGGGGGGAGGGGCUGUUCUAGGGGAGUAUAAUGAGGUGGUCCUGAAGCUGAGUGAGGCUCUGAGGUCACUACAGAACGACAUGCAGAAACUGACCCAACAACAACAACAGCUAAUGGGCAAGAAGACCACACCCAAACCCACACCUAAAACCACACCUAAAACCACACCUAAAACCACACCUAAAACUACACCUAAAACUACACCUAAACCCACACCUAAAACUACACCUAAAACUACACCUAAACCCACACCUAAAAGUACACCCAGGACACCACCCAGGACCCCCACUAAGAGUCCGACUAGAACCCCGACCAAGAGCAUCAGUAAGGCUUGGGUGAUCCCUGCAGGCUCCAAACCCCCCACCUCCACUACCUCCCCCUGUCGCAGGGCCCUCCCCCAGCCGUCCUCCUCCUGCCCUGCCCCCCGCACUAAGAUCCACUCCUCCUCCCCCCGUAGCCCCUCCCACCCCCGCCCAUCUGAGUUGAAGUUCCCUCCUUCCACCCGUGUCCUCACCCCCCCGCAGCAUGUGGACUCCCUCCCCCACCUGCGACGCGUCUCCCCCAGCCAGUGCCAGGUCCAGACCUCCUCCUCUUUCCGUAUCGGGGGCCCCUGCACACCCCAGGAACCCCCUGCCGCCAUGCUGCCCCAGCCCGAGGAGAGUACCUCGGAGACGGGCUCCAGCGAGACGCCCACCCAGUUCAGCCUGGAGCUGGAGGAGCAGGAGGGGUCAGGGGGAGGCCGGCCCGUGUUUCCCCAGCCCAGGAGAGGCCGUUCUGGGGGUGGCAGCAGCUCUGGAGCACCCUCCGAGGGCUCCUUUGAGAGUGAGACCCUGUCGCUGUCGGCCGCUUACUGCGGAGGAGGGGAGAGAGGAGGAGGAGGAGGAGGAGGAGGGAAUCGUUGCAGCCUGAUGGAGGUGUCAUUGUCAUCCCUGGGAGGACCAGAGGGGGGCAGUGACGAGCCAACUGACACAGAAGGACAGGAGUUCUUCUCUGACUCCAUGAGCGACCACACAGAACCUCCAACAGGAGAAACGUUGGAACCCACGGGAGAACCGAGAGAAUCUACGGGGGAUCAAGUAGAACAGACACAGAACACAGAACUCCUAGAACCCUCAGUGGAAGCGGAGGCGAGAGGAGGGGUUGGAUUCUUCUUCAAGGAGGAGGUGCGUUGUGAAGAUGAGAUGGCUCAGAGGAGAGCUGCACUGUUGGAGAGACAGCAGAAAAGAACAGAGGAACUGAAGAGGAGGAGACAGUGGAACGAACAGGAGAGAGAGAGCAGACCCCCCUCUGAGGAGGAGGAGCGAAGAGGCUCUCUCCCACAGACCCCCCCUGUCCUGCACCCCUCCCCCCGCCGCCGGUGUCCCCUCCCUCACCCCCCCGCCACGCCCAGUCGCCGUGGUGAUUUCACGCGGAGGGAGUACGCCCACCGCCAGCAGAUACGCAUCAUGUCUGACCUGGAUAAGGUGCUGCGUCAGAAACCCCCCAAUCAGGGACGAGUCGCCACCAAGAAGUCCCGCCCCCGACCUCGGAGCGUGACCCGGGAGGAGUCACAGCUGUCCCGCAGCCCAGCCAAGAGCACAAUGGGUUCUAAGUUGACUAAGGUGUACUCUCACUCCUCUCUCAACCUGGCUGCUAUGGCUGACGACUCAGAAAGCCCCGUCCCUGACCACACCGUCUCUGACAACACCGUCUCUGACCCUACCAAGAAACCAUCCAGCCGCCCUGAUUCGCCCUCACGUCUGAUGUCACCGAGCCGACUGGCCAAUCAGAACGGAGACAAGGACUGGGAGAUCGGCUCCAAUGGCUCCUCCCCUUCCAUCCAAGAAUACACCGGGCCCAAACUGUUCAAGGAGCCGAGCUUCAAGUCCAAUAAGUUCAUCAUCCACAACGCCCUGUCUCGCUGCUGUCUGGCUGGCAAGGUCAACGAGACUCAGAAGAACAAGAUGGUGGAGGAGAUGGAGAAGAGUCCAGCCAACCACUUCCUGAUUCUGUUCCGUGAUUCCAACUGUCAGUUCCGAGCCGUCUACACCAUGAGCCCCGAGACUGACGAGCUCAUCCGAUUGGCCGGGGUGGGCCCGCGUGUCGUAAGCCCCGCCCUGGUGGAGUCUAUCUAUAAGUACAGCUCCGACAGGAAACAGUUCAGCUGUAUCCCGUCCAAGACCAUGUCCAUGAGCGUCGACGCCUUCACGUUACCAGGACACCUGUGGCACAGCAAGAGGCCUGGCAAACCAAAAUAAAUAUGUAUAUAUACAUACAUACAGGAAUGGAUACACACAAACACACACAAACAACUUAAUUACUGUUUGUCCUGCAUGGGACACACUACCCCUCUCGCCCUUAAAUCUCAUCGGACCUACUGACUAUUGACGAGGUGCUUUCCCUCCCCUGUAUGUGCAUGGAAAUGGAACAGUCCAACUAUCCACCCUUAUAGUGAAGGCUCUAAGACUCGUCCACACACGGGGGAUACUGAAGACCAGUUGUUGUAAAAAUUACCUUUUCAAUCUUUAAAUGGUUACACUACACAGGAAACAAACUCUACUCAAAAACUGUAUCUUUCUCUUUUUUUGUUAAAACGUUCUCCUGUAAAUGUCUGAGGUACAAAAUGAUUGUUUCUCUGAUACCCAUAAACCCUUUGGCCUUAUGUUCUGUUCUGUUCACUACUAGCUGAAAGGCUGGAGGCAUGCUGAUAGCCAUAGGUUGACUAAAGUUUUCUGUUUUAUAACACGAACACAAUCCUUCUAAUGCCUUCUGCCCAACGACUGGCAGGCACGGGACUUUUAUUUUGAAAGGUGGACUUUUAUUACCCUGCAAACUACGGUCAAAACAAGGAAUGGAAGACGUGUGUUGUUUCUUUAAUGUGAUUAGGAGAAAAGAACACGAGAUGUGUGUUCACCAAAUAGCACAAAAUCAAAGAUUGUACAUAGUUGUGACGGACGGGCCAUUGCUGGCAGACUAAGGCCUAGAUUCAAUCCGAUUCUGCGCUAUAGCUCGACUGAAAUUUAAAGGACUGUUCCCGCAUUCGCCUAGACUGCAUUCUCGAUAAACGCAGAAUAUGUUGGCCAAAUCGGAAAUUACCUUUAAAUUUCAAUCACGCUAUACGGCGGAUGGAUGUUUUGCGCUAUGGAUUGAAUCUAUCCCUAACCUGCCAUAACUGAUUUGUACAAAGACGCUGCAGCAUGGACAUGUGGCCUCACCGUGCAUGACUUGGGCAGGAGCUCACCGGAACUGAGUACCGAACGGCACCUCAAAUGUUCUACUGCUUGACUUCCUGCACCUCUUACAGAAUAUUGGCUCUAAACUAUUGCAGAGUUCCUGCACCUAAAUAUAAACAGUACCGGCAGUCAAAUUGAGUACUGACACCUAUUUCAGUCCAAGUCAAGCACUGGUUCUUAUGGGUUGUCAGCCAAUAGAAAUGUAAAACCCUGAAAGUUAAAGGUCAGGGGACAGGGGUUAUGACCCACCCACGGUACAGUAGGGUUAAUAAAGUAGAUGUGUUUUAAAA